AUGGCGGCAAAUCGCUGGGCGAGUUUUGCAAACCGUCAGGACGUAAUCAUCGAGAAUGAUCUCAAGGCGAGGAUUUACCUGCCGGUCGCUCGAAGCUCGGGCUUGAAGCAUCCUGUUGGCGUCUUCGGCCACAGUGGUGGCUUCUGUGAAGGCGACUUGGACAGCGAAGAUACCCUGUGCCGCAUCAUUGCACACCGAUACCCUUGCAUAGUUGUUUCAAUCGAUUACCGCAAAGCCCCUGCGUGGAAGGUCCCAACUGCAUUCGAGGAUUUUCUGCGUGGAUUCCUAUGGGCCCAUGAUUCGGCGGAUGAGCUGGGCGGAGAUCAGAGCAAGGUGUUCUGCUUCGGCUGCUCGGCCGGAGGAACUCUGUCACUGGGGACGGCACACAAGCUGAUCGAGCUAGGCAAAGGGGAUCUCCUCCGCGGCGUGAUCAACUGUGCAGGCGGGGCCGUCCACCCGGAGUUUGUACCAGACAGAUUUCGGGCCAAGUACAACGCCAUGACGGAGUGUGGCUCGGACAGCGUGCCCAUCAUCAAUGCCGCCACGGCGAGGAUGAUCAACGAGAUUUCGGGUCUGAAUCUCCACAAGGAGAACCCCUGGAUCAAUCCGCUGCUCUCCCCCCAUCUCGGACAAUUUCCGCCCACCUACCUGGUGGCCUGCGGUGUUGAUCCUCUGCGGGACGACGCCGUCCUCGUAGCUGAUGAGCUGCAACGCCUGGGUGUGAGAGUCAAAAUAGACGUCUACGACGGGCUACCGCACAUCUUUUGGAUGAUCGCUAGUCUUCCCUCUGCCGAGCGCUUCGUUACAAACCUGCUGCAGGGCAUCCGUUUCGUGCUGGAGCGUGAUUAA